CAGCGCAGUCUGAGGUGCUGACUUCACUCUCUCUGCCUCUCUCCCUCUUCUCUCAUUCUGUCGCUCCUUCACUUUGCCGCCUCGCACACACACACACUCUCUCUCUCUCACUCCCCCUUCUCUCUCAACACACCCUCACACAAGUCUCUCGCGCCCUCAUUUCUCCACACCGCUGAAGACAUGGCCGAAGCUUUCGUUGGCACAUGGAACCUCAAGGAAAGCGAGAACUUUGAUGACUACAUGAAGGAGCUGGGUGUGGGCUUUGCUACACGUAAGGUGGGCAACCUGACCAAGCCCACCACUGUUAUCUCACUGGAUGGCGACAAAGUGACAGUGAAGACCCAUAGCACCAUUAAGAACACAGAACUCAGCUUCAAGCUGGGAGAGGAGUUUGACGAGACCACCGCAGAUGACAGGAAGGUUAAGUCCAUCGUAAACAUAGAGGAUGGGAAGAUGGUGCAUGUACAGAAGUGGGGCGACAAAGAGACCAGUCUGGUCAGGGAGGUCAACGGAAACACCCUUGUACUAACACUCACAAUAGGACAAGUUGUUUGCAAACGUCGCUAUGAGAAGGCAGAGUAAAACCAAACGCUGAGUCCCCCCCCCCCAAACAUCAUCUAAAGACGUGCUCAACAAACUAACCUCAACCCGGGCACCAAGCAGACCUCUUGCAUGGUUGCUGCAGAUUCCCCUCAAUGUCCCGUCAUACUUUAUGCUCAGUAUUCACAUUAAUACCAACUGUGACCUCAAUUCCUCCCCCUUUUUCUCUUUAUACUAUGGUUCCUCCUACUGUAAGAAACACUGAAUAAAUUCCCGUGAUUUGUUGUUGUUUUUUUCUCUAAAAUUCCAGGUCUGCAGGUUUGUUUGUUUGUUUGUUUGUUUUUUUAGGAAAAGUGUUAUGCAUGGUGCCUGUGAUAAACCUGGAAAAAUGUUUGAAAAAUGUCAACGUUUUAACUAUUGAGACCUGAAAAAUAAAAGUAUCCAUACUGGUGGAUGAACUGGUAAAACAA